UCCAAAGCUUCCAAGCAGUAUGAAGGUCCUCAUACUAACCUUUUGCCUGAUUGGGGCCGUUCUUACCAAACCCAUUUCUUUCAAUGAUGUUGCCGAGUCCAGCGAAUCAAGCGAAUCGGCCCAGACUGGAGGUUCCUAUCUGCCUUACAACCAACAGCAGACUGGAGGUUCCUAUGAUCCCCAGCCCUAUCAACAUUACAACCCCCAGGACCAGCAACAGAGCUCGGAGGAAAAUGGCCAACAAGCUCAGGCAUCAUACGAUCUGCAUUCCUACCAACAUUACCUCCAGCAGUACCAACAACAGACUCAAAGCGGAGGUUCCUAUGAUCCACACUAUCAGUAUUACCUCCAACAGUACCAAUACCAACAGAGUUGGGAUCCACAUUAUGCUAGUUACGUGCACCAACCCGCAAGUCAGUCAAAUGAGCACAAACAGCACCCUCAGGAAGCAGACACAAGCAGCAAGGCUGUUGAAAGCCAUGACAGUACCGGCAGUGAGAGCAAUGAAGCCAAGGACCAAAGCUAUCCCAUCCAGGCACCAGAAGAGAGCUUCGGAACGGACGACAGCAAGAGCACCAGUCAUGAAAACAGUCAGGCAGAAGACAGCACAAGCAGCGAAAGCUCUGAGUCCAAUGAGACCACCAUCACUGACACAAAUGAGGGUAGUGACAGCCAGGACUCCAGUCAAACCACUAACAAGAUCCUUGUCGUCAAGACCAUACUAAUGAGCAGUGUGAUAGACAGCAGUCAAACCAGCAAGGGGAGUCAGGAAACAAGCAGUGAAAGCAGUGAGACCAGUAAGGCCAGCGACAACAUAAGCAGUGAGACCAGUAAAGCCAGCGACAACAUAAGCAGAGAGACCAGUAAAGCCAGCGACAACACCAACAGUGAAAGCAGUGAAACCAGUAAGGCCAGCGACAACACCAGCAGUGAAAGCAGUGAGACCAGUAAGGCCAGCGACAACCCCAGCAGUGAAAGCAGUGAAACCAGUAAGGCCAGCGACAACACUAGCAGUGAAAGCAGUGAGACCAGUAAGGCCAGCGACAACACCAGCAGUGAAAGCAGUGAAACCAGUAAGGCCAGCGACAACAUCAGCAGUGAAAGCAGUGAGACCAGUAAGGCCAGCGACAACACCAGCAGUGAAAGCAGUGAGACCAGUAAGGCCAGCGACAACACCAGCAGUGAAAGCAGUGAGACCAGUAAGGCCAGCGACAACACCGGCAGUGAAAGCAGUGAAACCAGUAAGGCCAGCGAGAAGGUCCAUGCUGUCAAGACCAUAUUGGUGAGCAACGUGAUUGACAACAGUCAAACCAGCAAGGAUAGUCAUGAAACCAGCAGUGAAAGCAGUGAGACCAGUAAGGCCAGUGAUUAUAGCAGCAAUGAAAGCAGUGAGACCAGCAAGACCAGCGACAAUAGCAGCAGUGAAAGCAGUGAGACCAGUAAGACCAGCGACAAGGUCAGCAGUGAGAGCGGUGAAAAGGUCAUCAACAUCCACAGUAGUGACACCUACCAGACAAUUAAGGCUAAUGUACUAAGCUACAGCAUCAAGAGCGUAAAUGAUAUUGUUGACAACAGUGAAAGCAGCAGUGAAGAAGUAAGUGACACCAGUAGGACCAUCAAUGACAGCACUGAGGCCACUGGCAGUAACAGUCAUGAAAGCAGUGAAUCUAGUGACACCACCAGUCUUAAAAGUAGUGAAUCUAGUGACACCACAAGUCUUGAAAGCAAUGAAUCCAGUGACACCACCAGCCAUGAAAGCAAUGAAUCCAGUGACACCACCCGUCUUGAAAGCAGUGAAUCCAGUGACACCACAAGUCUUGAAAGUAGUGAAUCUAGUGACACCACCAGCCAUGACAGCAACAAAUCCAGUGAUACCACCAGUCUUAAAAGCAGUGAAUCCAGUGACACCACCAGUCUUGAAAGCAAUGAAUCCAGUGACACCACCAGUCUUAAAAGCAGUGAAUCCAGUGGGACCACCAGCCAUGAAAGCAGUGAAUCCAGUGACACCACCAGUCUUAAAAACAGUGAAUCCAGUGACACCACCAGUCUUAAAAGCAGUGAAUCCAGUAAGAGCACCAGUCUUAAAAGCAGUGAAUCCAGUGGGACCACCAGUCUUAAAAGCAGUGAAUCCAGUGAGAGCACCAGCCAUGAAAGCAGUGAAUCCAGUGACACCACCAGCCAUGACACCAGUGGAACCUCAAAGGCCAGUGACAGUACCAGCCAUGAAAGCCAUAAAGUCCCAGAGUGUCAGAAUGGGGCGGAGAGCUGCGAGAGCGAGGAAUAUUUCUUCCAGGACAUCGGCGACGAUGCCCACUACUCAGUGGACCAUCUGAUGGUGCCAGAUGAAGAUGACAUGGAGUUACGCCUGCGAAGAAGAUGACCUCACCUCACCUCCACCUCCCACAUUCACUUCAACACUAUCCAAUAAGCUGACUAAACAUAUCAGGUGGACUAUAGAAUAUUUUUUUGACUCUUGAAAGUUAUUUUUGGGAUCAUCAUAUUGUUACCUAUGUGUGUGUGUGUUUGUGUGUGUGCACGAGUGUGUGCACGUGUGUGUGUUUGUGUUGAAAACAUUUUGACCUCUAGUGUGUUGCAGAAUGUAUCCAUACACUUGUGCAUUGUGUGUAUGUUUGGUGAAAAUAAAUCUUUAAUUGUAGAAAACCUCUCCUCCUGAUGGUCAUUGGAAGCAAUUCUAAGCAGAGCUUCAUCAAAUGAGGCCAGACAUAGUUGAGAUGAUGGAAUAAACAAUGUAUACAUG